CUGUUUUCUUGUAGGAUGACAUCAGUGAAGCUGACAUCGAAGACUCAUUCAAAUCCAUGUUUGCUCAGCUGGCAGGAGAGGAUAUGGAGAUUUCUGUCCGUGAGCUUAGGACCAUCCUGAACAGAGUAGUGACUAGACACGAAGACCUGAAGACAGACGGCUUCAGUAUGGAGUCCUGUAGGACCAUGGUCAACCUUAUGGAUAAGGAUGGCACUGCCCGUCUCGGCCUGGUAGAGUUCCAGAUGCUCUGGAAUAAGAUCAGGAAGUGGCUGGUCAUCUAUAGAGAAUAUGACAUGGACAAGUCGGGAUCCAUGAGCUCCUAUGAGAUGCGACUUGCUGUGGAGUCGCAGGUUUUAAACUGAACAACAGACUGAAUCAGGUCCUAGUGGCUCGCUAUGCUGAGAACGAGGCCAUAGACUUUGACAACUUCAUCUGCUGUCUGGUCAAAUUGGAAGCCAUGUUUAGAUCUUUCCAGCAGCUAGACAAAGAGGGAGAAGGAGUGGCUGAGCUGAACAUCACUGAGGUGAGUCCUGGAUCUGAGGUGGGUACUGGAUCUGAGGUGGGUACUGGAUCUGAGGUGGGUUCUGGAUCUGAGGUGGGUUCUGGAUCUGAGGUGGGUUCUGGAUCUGAGGUGGGUUCUGGAUCUGAGGUGAAUCUCUGAGGUGGGUCCUGUAUCUGAGGUGAAUAUCUCUGAGGUGGGUCCUGGAUCUGAGAUGAAUAUCUCUGAGGUGGGUCCUUCAUCUGAGGUGGGUCCUUCAUCUGAGGUGGGUCCUGGAUCUGAGGUGGGUCCUUCAUCUGAGGUGGGUCCUGGAUCUGAGGUGGGUCCUGGAUCUGAGGUGGGUCCUGUAUCUGAGGUGGGUCCUGUAUCUGAGAUGAAUAUCUCUGAGGUGGGUCCUGUAUCUGAGAUGAAUAUCUCUGAGGUGGGUACUGUAUCUGAGGUGGGUCCUGUAUCUGAGGUGAAUAUCUCUGAGGUGGGUCCUGUAUCUGAGGUGGGUCCUGUAUCUGAGAUGAAUAUCACUGAGGUGGGUACUGGAUCAUUCUCUACAUUUUCAACAAACAGCCAUGCAUUUUAGCAGCCUGUGGUCUCGUGUCUAACUUCUCUCCUCUCUGUCCUUCUCUCCUCUC